GAGUUUCGGUCGCGCUGCCGAAGUUGAAGGGCAAGCGCACGGCCCCGCAGGCCGUGAAGACCGAGGAGACCGAGGUCGUCCGGGUGAUCCUGGCCAAGGACUUUGCGGAGGGCAAGGCAUGGAAGGAAGCUCUGAAAGGCUUCUGCGGCUUUGUCAUGGCCCGGCUGGCUGUGACUGAUGCUUGGGGCGCGGCGGAGGAAAGGCGGCUUGGACCAGUCAUUGUUGGCCUGGCCCGGGUCAAGAAGAGCUUGGUGGCGUCCGUGCUGGGGCGAUCGGGCCAGGACGGCCUCUUUGUGGAACCGACUGGCAGGACUGCAAGCUACGGCGUGGCAUGGGUCGAGACCGAGGCGGGCGAGCCGGUGGAGGUCCGGGCUUGGAGGGUGCCGGCCGUGCCGCGCCACUGUGACGCCGAGGUUGUCAAGGAGGUCCUUGAGGAGGCUGGCUUUGCGCAGGUGACAAUCACUUCGCGCAUGGUGCGCAAAGGGACAGCCACAUGGUUUGUGCGGGCGGCCGGCAAGGAGGACCUGGCCACCAUCAGCGUCAACGAGGGCAAAGACACGGUGGAGAUCUACGUCCUGAGCUGCGGGCGGUGCAGGUGGGCGGGGGCCGAGGAGUUUGCAGGCUUCUGGGACGUCGACCUGACACUGGCACUGUGGUACCAUGCCGACCACUAUGACCUCUUGCUGCCCGAGGACAAGGCCAAGGAAUACCGGCAGCGGCGAAAACAGGAGUCACAGCUUUCGGCAUGCCAGUUCUCGCGCGGCAGCCAGCCCUCGGUGCACACUUUGCGGGAUGCCUUUCGGGCUGCGAGCUUAAGGGCUUUUACGGCUGGGGACCACGACCUGGAGGCUGCGGGCACUGGCUUGGAUGCAGGGGCCUCGGCGGCAGACAGGGACCAGCUGGAGCAGGGGCGAGCCGGCACCAUUGCCAUUCAGGAGCUCGACAUUGACGACCUGCUGGAGGAGGAGACUGCUGCUAUGCCACCGCCACCACCGGCUGCAACGCGCAGCAAUGGGCAUGUGCGCUCCAAGCGGGGCAAGAGUACCGGAGCUCGUGGCCGUGCCCAGAGUGCGGCUGGGUUGCUGCAGGGCCACGCUG